UGGGGGCUUGGGGCAGUAGCCGGGUCAUGUCCCGCAGGCAGGCGGCCAAGGCGCGGGCCGGUGGCGGGGGCAAGAAGGCGGAGCUGGAGCGGAAGCGGGACGAGCGGGCGGCCCGCCGGGCGCUGGCCAAGGAGCGCAGGAACCGGGCCCCCGCGGAGGAGGACGGCGGCGGUGCCGCGGCCCAGGAGUUCGUUAGCUUCGGCAACCAGCUGCAGGCGCUGGGCCUCAAGCUGCGCGAGGUGCCGGGCGACGGCAACUGUUUGUUCCGGGCCCUUGGUGACCAGCUUGAGGGGCACUCCAGAAACCAUCUCAAAUACCGCCAGGAAACAGUGGAUUACAUGAUAAAGCAGAGGGAGGAUUUUGAACCUUUUGUUGAGGAUGAUGUUCCCUUUGAGAGACAUGUUGCCAGUUUGGCGAAGCCUGGUACAUUUGCUGGCAAUGAUGCUAUUGUGGCAUUUGCAAGGAACAAUCAAAUGAAUGUGGUUAUUCAUCAGCUCAAUGCCCCUCUGUGGCAGAUUCGAGGCACGGAUAAAAGCAAUGCCAGGGAACUGCACAUUGCCUAUCGGUAUGGAGAGCACUACGAUAGCGUGCGGAGAAUAAAUGACAACUCUGAAGCUCCCGCACAUCUUCAAACAGAGAUGCUGUGUAAAAAUAAAUCCAAUAAGAGGGAGAAGAUCAAACCACAGAAGGACGAAUCUGAAGAGGAGUUAGAGAAUGAAGUGGAAGAUGCUGUACAAAAAGUCUGUAAUGCAACUGGGUGUUCGGAUGUUGAUUUAAUCAUUCAGAUUCUGGAAGUGAAGAACUAUGAUAUUGAUUCUGCAAUAUUUGCUGUUCUCCAAGUGAAUGAAGUGAAAAGAAUCUAUUCUGAAGAGGAAUAUGAGACCCAGGCCAAAAGUCAGAAGUCACAGAGCUCAGCCUUGUGGGAGGAGAAUGGAAGUGGCACCAGAAUCUUUGGAAAUCAGGGAUUGCAUCAGGAUGGAACAGAAAACAACAAGACACAGGCUAGUCCAGAUGAAGAGAAUCAAACCAACAAAAAACAUUUCCCAAAGGUAUCCAAUAAACAAAGGAAGGAGCAGCAGCGGCUAGAGAAGAAGAAGCGGCAAGAAGAAAGGCACCGGCAGAAAGUCCUGGCCAAUAGGAGUAAUAAUGCUGAUAACAACAGGAGCGAGACAGACUCGGAUACACAGGUCACCCUAGUGAAGACCCUUGCAGCUCUGAACAUAUGACUGGUGUAUUGUGUGUUCUUUCACGGAAUAGGCGAAUGGCAAAUAAGACUGAUCAGGAAGGGCACUGAGCUUUCAGACACAGCCAUCUUCAAAGCAGAUUCCUCAGCACCCCUCUAUUUUUAAACAAUGGUUCUAUGGGGUUCUCUUAGCAUAUGCUAAGUUGUCUUUGGUUCUCCAGCUGUGGGAAGAACAACUCUUCAGUAACACUAAAGAACAUCAGCCAAGCUUGUGAGGGAUGGGCAAUCAAGGUUAAGCAAAGUGAAAACGUCAACACUUGUUUUUACUAUUCCUGAGACAGAGUCUAUUCAACCUUGAUCCAUUACCUCACGCACCUUGUGUGAAUUUUGCUUGUAGACGUCACAAUAUUACUUAAGUUAACUCUGACUACAUUUCGCUAAGCUCAAGCAUGGAAGAGCUUAUUUUAAAUUACUGUGCAGGAACAUUGUAAAUGCUCCCAACUCAGGAACUCUUCUUUCUCUAUUAAAAUAGAUUAGGACAAAAUUCCCAAAUCCCUUUCAAAGCUGAUCAGCCAAAUGCUGUACCAGACAUGUUAGAUUCCUUUCCCUCCUCACUUGUAACUUGAUAGCAAGUUAUAGUCCAGAUAAAGCUGCUCUUGCUUUUGUUGCACUAAGACAUAUGCUAAAUGCUGCUAAUUGUUAGAGGAGAUAGGUAUAUGCAGGGAUGGGGAUGGUUGAGUCUAUGCUUGUUUUUUUUGCACAGAGCAGGUGAACUGUUAAGUCUGUAAUGCUCUGAUCUGCUGGCAACUGAGUUUCCCUUCUGACAAUGCUGCUCCAAUAAUAAUAGGGAAACGCCAAUGUAUUCCUGAGGUUGCCGGGUGGAUUCACCCAAUCUGGUGAGGUUUAAUAAGAUAAUCUUUUACCAUAAGCAGGUGAAAGAUUUCUAUUGUAUAGCAACAAAGAUGUGCUGGUGUUUGGACCAUCCUCCACCUUGCUCCUGAGUAAGUAGAGUCUGAACCCUUUGCUGCUUUCCACAAAGAUUAGGAACCUGGCCUAAACUAGGGCCAAAUUCCAUAGUUCUUAAUUUGAUGGUGUGAAGCAUUGGACAUCACUCAAGUGUUUGGACCUGCGUCAAGCUUUAAAAAGUGUGAAGGAUUGGGGGGAGGGGAAACUCUUACUCAGAAUAAAGUCUAAGCAGAAUGUUUGAGUGAGAUGAGCUUGGAAAAGUGAUCCUAGAUGUCUUAAUCAUCCUACUUUGGUGCUAGAACAUGUGUAGACAUGAAACAUACAAAUGUCCUUUUCGCUUAAUUGCCAAAGUCUUAGUUAAUGGUUCUUGGUUUCCUCUUACUGUAUAUCAGUAAAAUGUGAAGCACUAGAAGAAAUGGUGCUCUGUUUGGUAUGCUAGCAAUAUUAAUGGUUGUAGGAGAAAAGUAGAACUGUGAACUGACCUUUGGAGUUUAAAAAGCUGCUUGGUGGUAGUGAAGAUAAUGAAGAGCAGCCUUUUUGCUUAGAGGGAUGUCACGCUGCAUUUAACUGGUCAGGAGGUAUGUUACUGGCAGGUCAGUCCAGGUUUUGGAAGUCAUUAUUGCACCCAGCUAUGGGCUGCACAGACUCCAGAAGUGGUUAUGAACACCUAGCAACUUUGUGCUUUGUUGCUCUGAUUGCUAGUGACAUGGGGGCCUGGGGGGCUGGGGGGGAGAGGGAGUGGGGAGAAAGGCUAAAGCAGUGAAACUGACAAAGGGCACGUCACUUAACCAGCAGUAAAUAAAAGGUAUUUACAGCAGUGGGGAAAAUGCCUUAGCAAGGUUGUAUCUACAGGUCACUACAGGGUUGCCUCCUUGCUUAGCUCCAGUAUGUUUUGAUACAGAAGCAGUCUCUCCUCCCUGUGAGUGGCUAGGCAAACAUCUGAGCUGAAGUGACAAUGCUGGUCUGUCAGCUGUAUAACUAGGAUUUGGAGUCUUGAUAUUCUUUGUGAAUCAUGUAGCUUUUUCUUGAGUCAGAGCUGAUUAGAGGGUUGUUUGUCCAUCCAGCUCUGGAUGAGGGGUAGGGAGAGAGUUGUUCUGAAAGAAAAUAUGGCUACUAGAUGAAGGUUGCUUCUACCGUAAGCACAGGAGCUGCUUCCAUCACUGACCCUGUAAAGUCCAACCUUGUUCUUGAAGAGAUUCAUUGGGCUGGCUUUUUCAUGCAGAGCUGCCAGAUUUUUAGUGGCAGUGGGAAGAGUGAUCAUACAUUCAAAUAUUUAACUAUGGUUCCUGAAACUGAAUAUGCAAUAGAAAAUGCUUUCAUUUGCAAGUGUAAAUGAAUUAAACAAAGCUCUUCUUGCACUGGGCUGAUUGUUUUGUGAAAGCACUCAACUUCACUCCAGCAAGCUGUGCCAAGAAAUCCAACCUGAAGUAGCUGAGGGUCCCAAACUUUCCUGCCCUCUGUGGUAUAGACUCUCUGGUCUGGCUGAUGGAAAUGCUCCUGCCUUUAAGAUCUAGAACAUCUCUGGCAGAUGAGUUCCCUGUUCUUUGUUCCUCCAGGACCUUGCUUUCGUGCCUAUUGGCUAAAUGAGAUUUGGCAGUUGUCCUCUAGGUGGCAGACUGUGAAUAGCCUUCACAGGGAGAAGAUCAGCAGGAAAAUGAGCAGCGAAUGAGUUGGGUUCAUUCCCUUAUAGCUUUUAUUGUCAAGCUCUUUGGUAUGGAGCCAGCUGUGCCACAUGGCACUGGGUGUCUUUGCACUGGGGUGAUGAGCUCUGCGAUUUUCCGCUUGCCAUCAUACAUUAACGUCAGUGCCCGCCUACAUCGCAGAGACCAUCUCCAUCCAAGAAGCCUGCUGCUUGAGAAUCCUCUGGUUUUAUCAAGGUGGCUACUUUGUACAAAAGUCAUUGGGCUUAAUGCUAGAUGGGGACUUAAAUAGCUCAGGAUAGGCAGUGGUUUAUGGAGACUUCCAACUCUAGAUCUCUCUGGAUGCAGAUAAAUGGUAGUUUAGUGGCCCAGGUGAAAUGAAUAAGUUUCAGUCCUGCUAGAAAGAUACUAUUAACAUGGGCACUUGGAGGCCAGGACUGAGUGAAUAUUAAUUAUCUCUGGAGUCCUUCAAGAGACGUUUAGCAAACAUUGUCUGAAGCUUAUACUAUGGCUGCUUGUGAUAUACCUAUUUGGAUAGAGGGUUAGCUCAGCAGGUGGAAACUUGCAUAGCUCCACUGACUUUGGUAAUGUAAACCAAGCCUAUGUCUGUAUAGCUAUUAGUUACACUGACCUAGUCCCCACUGUAGCCCGUGCUAUGAGCUUCUCCCAUCAACAUAGCAACUGCCUCUCGGGGAGGUGGAGUACCUAUGCUGACAGGAGAGCUUCCCCAUCGGCAGCAUCUUCAUUAUGCGCCACAGCACUGUAAGCGUAGACAAGCAGUUAUUGCCAAACUGUGCAGGUUGAGCAUGGGGUCAAUCGUUCUUUAGUGCUGCCGAUUCACUGCCUUCCUCCAGUAAAUGUAAAGAGAAAAUACCCCCCAUAGCAGUUAAAUUACACUGAAAGUAAUAAACACUUGGCUGGAGGUUGCACAUGGUAACAAAAGCAGGCUUGGGUUUGAGUGCAAGUGGCAGGGAGGUGUCCCCUGUCUUUAGCUGUGCACUAAUUCUAGUUUCUUUCUGGUGAUACCUUAACCCUCCUUGGAGGGCAGUCAGUCCAUCUGUUGACUUACCAGUGGUUUUACCUCAUCUGCAGUGCCUGAAUAUUAGAAAAGUCACAUGACCUGUAGUAUUUGCAUCUAUAGUAAUGUUCCAGCUGUUCCUAAUUUCCUUUGGAUUCUGUUGAAACUGAGCAGGGAUCUUCUUUUCCUUCCUACUUCAGAGCAUUCUGUGGGGCUCCUGCCCCUGGCAAACCAAAUGUCUGUCUCUUUUAAUUGACUACAUAGUGCAAUAGAAAUUGCAAAGAUGUGCCAUGAACUAUGAGAAUGGAUUUUUGUAUAUUGCUCAAGUACAGAUUAAAGGCAAAAUUUUCAGAUUUA